CAUGCCCCAUCGAGUCCCAGGGAGGAAGGGAGAGAAGAGCCAGCAGCCAGGCCGCCCGUGCCCGCUCACCAGGUGCCCCCCUAUAAGGCCGUCUCCGCCCGCUUCCGGCCGUUCACCUUCUCCCAGAGCACCCCAAUCGGGCUGGACCGCGUGGGACGGCGGCGGCAGAUGCGUGCGUCCAAUGUGUCCUCGGAUGGAGGUGCUGAGUCCUCUGCCCUGGUGGAUGACAACGGCAGUGAGGAGGACGAUAGCUAUGAGGACCUCCGGCAGGGUAACCCCCGAUUCCUGCCACCCGGCGGAGAACAGCUGGCAGUCAACGAGCUGAUCAGUGAUGGCAGCGUGGUCUGCGCAGAAGCCCUGUGGGACCACGUGACCAUGGACGACCAGGAACUGGGCUUCAAGGCGGGAGACGUUAUCCAGGUUCUGGAAGCUUCCAACAAGGACUGGUGGUGGGGCCGAAAUGAGGAGAAAGAGGCCUGGUUCCCAGCCAGCUUCGUCAGACUGCGCGUCAACCAGGAGGAGCUGUCGGACCACUCAGGCAGCUCCCAGGGCGAGGAGCAGCCGGUGAGUGGCAGGGCCCGCCACACGCACCCUGAGAGCAAGCGGCAGAUGCGUGCCAACGUGGUGCAGGAGAUCAUGAACACUGAGCGCGUGUACAUCAAGCACCUCAGGGACAUCUGCGAGGGCUAUAUUCGACAGUGUCGCAAGCACACGGGAAUGUUCACAGUGGCACAGCUCACCACCAUUUUUGGAAACAUCGAAGAUAUUUACAAGUUCCAGAGAAAGUUCUUGAAAGACCUCGAGAAACAGUACAACAAAGAGGCUCCUCAUCUGAGUGAACUGGGGUCCUGCUUCCUGCAGCACCAAGAGGGCUUCGCCGUCUACUCGGAGUAUUGCAACAACCACCCACGCGCCUGUGCCGAGCUGGCUGGCCUCAUGAAGCAGGGCCGCUACCGACACUUCUUUGAGGCCUGCCGCCUGCUCCAGCAAAUGAUUGACAUCGCCAUUGAUGGCUUCCUGCUGACUCCUGUGCAGAAGAUCUGCAAGUACCCGCUGCAGCUGGCUGAGCUGCUCAAGUACACGCCACAGGACCACAGUGAUUACAGCAAUAUCAAGGCAGCAUACGAGGCCAUGAAGAAUGUAGCCUGCCUGAUCAAUGAGCGCAAACGCAAGCUGGAGAGCAUAGACAAGAUAGCCCGGUGGCAGGUGUCCAUCGUGGGCUGGGAGGGGCUGGAUAUCUUAGAUCGAAGCUCAGAAUUGAUCCACUCUGGAGAGCUGACCAAGAUCACUAAGCAAGGCAAGAGCCAGCAGCGGACCUUCUUCUUGUUUGACCACCAGCUGGUUUCAUGCAAAAAGGACGUUCUGCGCCGAGACAUGCUCUACUACAGGGGCCGCACUGACAUGGACCAGAUGCAGCUGGUUGACCUGGAGGAUGGGCGUGACAAGGACUGGAACUUCAGUGUGAAGAACGCCUUCAAACUCGUCAGCAGGACCACCGACGAGGCACAUCUGUUCUGUGCCAGGAAGCUGGAGGACAAGGCCCGGUGGCUGCAGGCCUUUGAAGACGAGCGGAGGCGGGUGCAGGAAGACCGGGAGAUGGGAAUGGAAAUUUCAGAAAAUCAGAAGAAACUGGCAAUGUUGAAUGCUCAGAAGGCUGGACAUAGCAAGUCGAAAAGCUACGGGGGAUGCCCAGUGGCCCCACCGCACCAGAACCUGCACCCACUGCAGCAGCGCCACGUCACAGUGCCGCCCAGCGUGCCCCAGCAGCAAGUUUUUGCCCUGGCCGAGCCCCGGCGGAAACCGUCAUUGCUGAGGAUCAGCUUGAGCAAACUCGCCCCCUUUCGGAAGUGAGCCAGGCCCAACCGGAAGUGUGCUAGGCCCAACUGGAAGUGAGCUGGAAGUCCAGAGCAACCACUGCUGACACACCCUCAGAAUCCAUGGAGAGCAGAGGAGGACCCAGACCCACGCUUCAGCCAUGCAGAGGCCCAGGGGGUAGGGUCAGAGCAGGUCAGACGCUCAUCUGGAAUCUCCCAGGAAGCUUCCAUAAGCUGCACUGAGGUGCGGAGCUUGGAACCCUGGACAUGUGCUCACCUGGAUACCACAUGUUGACCCCAGCCGGCUGCUGCGUGGGAGCUGACCAUCCCUCUGCAGAUUCUGAAGGGGCCUCUCCCUAGGUACACUUUGGCCUCAGAGCAUGAGAGGAGGGGGCUUGGCUGGCAGGCUGAGGUGGCCUGGUGUUGGAAACGGUGAGGAUGGCCUAACUCACAGGCACCGCAGGCAGCACUGGCUUCAUCCGAAAGUGCUGGGGUUGGGGUCCAAAACCCAAGGUGAAGGGGAAACAGAGAGAAUGGCCCUCCAGAGGGGGUGGAGCAGUCAGGAAGAUGGGCAGAUCCCGGAGAGCUCUGUUUGUCCUUCUACCUUAGGGCUCCAGUGAUGGUGAGUGGGGAGAAACAGGCACAUCUGUCCAUUUGCAGUGGACAGAACCCCAACUGUCCCCCAUGGUAGAGUGUUUGCACGUUACACCCACAAUCUGUCAUCAGCCUCCGUGGCAUUGCACCGAUUAUGAGCUGGGAUUUGUGUUCACCCCACUAGGAAUAUGAGUGCGUCCAGCCAUCCAACAUCUUCCAGCUUGGAACAGAUCUUGUUUAAUAAAACCAGAACAGUACUGCCAAACUGUUGUCAGCCUGUCAUCAGGUGUUUGGAGACCACUUCUUUCCAUUGAGACUUUCACCAACCAUGUCUCAAAGAUAGAAUGCUUUGAAGGGAGGCUGCAUGGGCCACUGCCCUUACACCAUUGAUUUUCCUGUCUUUGCACUGGGAGUGCACUAAAUGAUGAUGAAAACUCAGUAUCUCCAGAACAGAAAAGCUCUGCCAGAAAGAGGCCAGCUGGUUGGCCAGGCGCAUGGGGUCAGCCUACUGCUGUGCUUGUGGCUCUCUGGAAAGGUGUCUCCUCUAACAGACCAGUGCUGACAACAAGCCUGUCAGCCUCCAGGUGUGAACUCUGCCCUUUCUCUACCCUGCCCCCACCCAGAGCUACUUCAGUAGGAGGUGAUUCCUGUACCAAGAUGUCGCCAGCACUUUGGAUGUUGUGGGAGCAUGAAUGAGACGCACCUACCUGUUGUUGGUCCUUCUGUGUUGUGUUGUGCUCGCUUGCAGGUGACCUGGCUGAAGGCUGGCCCAGCCCAUGACCUACUACCCUGGGCUGCUCUUGUGGACCCUCAGGCAGUGUCCCAGGAAGCAUCUCAGGAGGUGCUGUCGCUGUGUGUGUGUGUGUGUGUGUGUGUGUCUGUGUGUGCCUGUGUUUCCAUAUUUUUAUAGACAUCUCAGUUUUAGUUGCCUUUAUAGAACUAACCUUUUUACUAACAACAGAUGGUCUAUAUUUGAAAACCAUGUUUAAUAUGCUUCACUUGGCCCCCUUACCAACAACUGUAGGGGUUUCUGUUAAAUAGUUGUUUGUAUAUAUACAGCAAUGUUGAACACGUUUUUAUUUUUAUUUUUAUUUGUUCUGUAAAUAGAACUAUUUUGAGAGAGUACUGAGUACCAUUUUCUUAAGUUACUUUUCCAGUUACGAUUUGGGUCAAGACUGUUUUGAGGGCUUCCAUGGAAGAGGCAUGGAAAAAUGCUUUUGUGAUAUACAUAAUAGUGAUCCCUGACCAUUAGUCCUCCCUACCCUCCUCCCUUCGCCCAGCAGGAGAGGCCAUUCACGCACCCAUCAGCCUCACUCAGUGGUGGCCCUGGGUCAGAUGCUACCACACUAGGGCUGCUGCUCAGACUCCUGUGUCUAGAUAGGACAAGACACUGGAGGAAGGACAGAUUGUCCUGGAACGCCUGUCCUGUUUCUAGCCGGGAUUCCAAUUUCCAAGUGUCCAGAUUCUAGAUGGAAUAGACAGCUGGAAACUCUCAUUUUAUUUUUUGCCAAACUUCAGCCUUGAUUUUCAUCAUUUAUUCCAUUUGAAAAGAGAAAACUGAGAACCUUCUGUUUGGACUACGGAUGAAUUUCAUUGGGAAUCUCCCAUUGUCUGUCUUCCUCCAUGUUUCACCCGACUUUGUAUAAUAUGGGUUGAAAAUAAUAAAAUGAUGAUGGAACACUUAGAUGAAUUUCACUUAGCAUUUAUGUUUCUGAAUUUGUUGACUCAAACGCUGUACAACAAAGAGAGUUAAAGUGGCCUUUGCUUAAGCAACCUCAAUUUUAAUCAUAUCUAAAAGGUGUAGCAACCUUGUCAAAGAUUUUAAACAAUUAUAGCAGAAUAUUUAUAAAGUCCUGGAGAAAUAUACCCCCCCCACACACACACAUGCACACACAUACACACUUGUCCCUGGCCUACGAAAUAGAGAACAGGUAUCAGCAACUUGCCAGGGUUUUUAUAGACUACCAUCUGCAUAGUUUGUUUUCAGUAGACCUGAUUCCCCCCCACCCCAGGAUCCUAGUGUAAUUGGGGUUUUUGGUGUCACACCCAGCAGUGCUUGGGGGUUACUCCCAGUGGUGCUCCUGGAACCACAGAGUGCUGAGGACAAAACCCAGGCCUCCUUCAUUGAAAGCAGGUAUUCAGUCCAUUGAGCCAUCGCUGGCCCCUUUGAUUAUAAAUGAAAACGUUUCAGGAUCAUUUUCACAGUCUCUGAACAGAAUUGUGCUUUUUUAUACCUAAUGCAGACAAAAAUGUAGCACCAUGUCAGUUCAGAAAAUCCCCUUAAACCUAAAUUGCUGCUGUCAAGAAGGAGAAGUACAUGUAAUUCAAAAUUUGGUUUAUGGGGGCUGGAGCGAUAGCACAGCAGGUAGGGCGUUUGCCUUGCAUGCAGCCAACAUGGCCGAUACAGGUUCGAUUCCCAGCAUCCCAUAUGGUCCCCC